GUCAUGACUCCGGAAGGAUUUCUCCUGACCGCCGGAUGUGACGUAGGGACCAAGGCGCGCCGGAGGCCACGGAGAAAGCGCCGACAAGGCGGGCCCCGCCUGAGGUCUGGCAGUCAGUGACAGAGUCGGGUGCCCACUGCCCAAGAGUCACCAACAGCAUCAUGCCCGCACUCCUGGAACGCCCCAAGCUUUCCAACGCCAUGGCCAGGGCUCUGCACCGGCACAUCAUGAUGGAGCGGGAGCGCAAACGGCAGGAGGAGGAAGAGGUGGACAAGAUGAUGGAACAGAAGAUGAAAGAAGAGCAGGAGAGAAGAAAGAAAAAGGAAAUGGAAGAGAGAAUGUCACUGGAAGAGACCAAGGAACAAAUUCUGAAGCUACAGGAGAAGCUUUCAGCUCUACAGGAGGAGAAGCACCAGCUUUUCUUGCAGCUCAAGAAAGUUUUGCAUGAGGAAGAAAAACGGAGGCGAAAGGAACAGAGUGAUUUAACCACUCUGACAUCAGCUGCAUACCAGCAGAGUCUGACUGUUCAUACAGGGACUCACCUCCUCAGCAUGCAAGGGAGUCCUGGAGGACACAACCGCCCAGGCACUCUCAUGGCAGCUGACAGAGCCAAGCAGAUGUUUGGACCACAAGUGCUCACGACCCGGCACUACGUGGGAUCAGCAGCUGCUUUUGCAGGAACCCCAGAACAUGGCCAAUUCCAAGGCAGUCCAGGGGGUGCCUAUGGGACUGCUCAGCCCCCACCUCAUUAUGGGCCAACACAACCAGCCUACAGUCCUAGCCAGCAGCUCAGAGCCCCGUCAGCAUUUCCUGCGGUGCAGUACCUGUCUCAGCCACAGCCACAACCCUAUGCAGUGCAUGGCCACUUUCAGCCCACUCAGACAGGGUUUCUCCAGCCCGGCAGUGCCCUCUCUUUGCAAAAGCAGAUGGAACAUGCCAACCAGCAAACUAGCUUCUCUGACUCACUUUGUCCUCUAGUCUUCUCUGCGACCCAUGCACCCCCAAGCUCUGCAUCCAGCCCCUGGACUCCUGGCUAACCCCCAGCUCCCUGUACAGAUACAAGCAGCAGGGAAGUCAGGCUUUGCCACCACCAGCCAACCUGGUCCUCGACUCCCUUUCAUCCAACACAGCCAGAACCCAAGAUUCUAUCACAAGUAACCACAAGAUAACUCCAACCCACCCUCCAUCCCUCGGGGUGGGGUCUUAUGUGCCCCAAACCAAUAAAAUGUAUAAAAUGUA